GAAGUGAACACUGCCCAAAUUAGUGGGAUUACAAACAGAGGAUAACCUUUAAUAUCCUUUUGACACACCAGGCCAAAGAUUAUUUGCAUGAGCUGGUGUAAAUCAUGUUCCUGUGGCAAUAUCUGACUCUACUCCUGCUGGUACAUGUUCAAAUAUGCAAAGCACUUCCAGAUGAGAGAUGUGCUGAAUUUACGGAUCUAGAUCUUGGUCAAGCAAUCAUUGGAACCAGACUCGAAGUCAGGUUCUUGGUGUACACUAGACUUAAUGGCUCCUGUGGUACACUGGUUUCCCAAUCAGACCUGUCCAACCAUCCCCGUUUUAACUUGUCCAGACCAACUACCUUCGUCAUUCAUGGGUAUCGGCCCAAUGGAUCUCCACCAAUAUGGGUGUCAAAUGCCAGAAAGCUGCUGCUGGCCAGGAAUGAUAUUAAUGUCGUCAUAGUGGACUGGAACCACGGAGCUGCUAAUGUUAAUUAUUUUAAGGCAGUAGAGAACACACGCAAAGCAGCGGACUAUAUCACUGCUUUCAUUGAAAAGAUGCAGAAACAUGGUGCCUCUUUGAGCUCCAUCCACAUGAUCGGAGCCAGCCUUGGGGCUCAUAUAUCAGGCUUUAUAGGGGCCAACCUGAAAGGUUCAAUUGGAAGAAUUACAGCUCUGGAUCCUGCUGGGCCUCAGUUCACUGGCACUCCUCCAGAGGGCCGCCUGGACUCCACAGACGCCCAGUUUGUGGACGUCAUGCACACAGACAUGGAUGUCUUGGGCUUCAGAAAACCUCUAGGUCAUAUUGAUUUCUAUGUUAAUGGAGGACUGGACCAACCUGGUUGUCCAAAGACCAUCUUUUCUGGAGAAUCCUAUUUUACAUGUGACCACGAGAGAGCAGUGUUACUCUACCUUGACUCUGUGAAUGGGACGUGUGUCAGCAGGGCCUUCCCCUGCUCCUCCUAUAAAGACUUUCUGGAUGGAAACUGCUUGAAAUGUGACCAGUUUGGUGCUGCAGGAUGUCCUGUUGUUGGUUAUGAUGUCACAGAGUGGAAAGAUGUCCUGCUGAGGCUGGGCCAAACAACAGCGUUUUUUACCACAAAUGCAAAGUCUCCAUUCUGUAUGUCCGCCUACACAGUGGACAUGAUGUUGGCGAACGAGGAUGUGGACUGGGGAUACAUUACUGUUAAGCUAUAUGGUAAUGGUGAAGAAGCAGUGGCAACUAUUGUCUCCAAUAAAAGUGCAAAGAGUAACACAGAGACCAAGUUGUUUGCCCAGUUUGACAAAGACAUUCAGUCAGUGGAAGAGGUGUCUCUCAAAUUCUUCACCUGGAAUAUAUUCAAGCUCAAAUAUAAAUUCAGUGUUCUACAAAUCCGUCUCACAAACCUUCAAAGCAAGGAGAGGCCUCUCUGUCUAUAUGACAUCCUUCUUCAGGAGAACAAAGAAUUUACCUUCAGCCCUGUUCUCUGUUAAGAAUCCAACCCGACAGACCCCACAUAAAAAUAAAAAAAAUGCCACUGCUUGUAUUGGAAGAGAUUCAACUGACUUUCAAAUCCCAGACUUUCUUACCAUUAAAAAGUAGUGCACUCUUAACUUAUGAAGAUACUUUGCUAAACGUGGAUUUUUGAGUUUUAACAUGACAUCACUAGAAACUUUAGAUUUGUGUCUAUGGAUUGACCCUCAACUAUGAAUAAAAUCUCAAGACAAUGUCAGA